GACACUUCGGCGGCCUGUGUGGGGUUUCAUAUCCAGGAGGCGACGAAAUGGUUAACGCCAGGCUGCUUGUUUGUCUGCGUCUAAAUAAUUAAAAAGCAACCGGCCUGUCGCGUUUUUUUUCCCUCGCACCGCAGCUAUUAACGGAAGGCAGGAUAGUGCAGAGGUCGGAAGGGGGCGCCUGAGGGCUUCGCUGGGGUGGCCCCACCCUGAACAGAGACGCGAGGGAAGCCCGGCGCCGGUGGGGUAUUAACUUGCAGAAAAAGUGCCCCCCUGUGGGGGCAAAUAACGCGCACGCGGGUGAGCCGCUUGAAGCUUUUGGUACUCGGGCGGGAAACGGGGGAGCGGAAAGGGUGAUGAAGUACUCCGGGGUGGCUCGGUGGGGCAAAAUGGCAGCGUGUUGGUAAGAAGGGCCCCGACGCUCAGCCCGCUGAACCCACCAGUUAUCACCAACACAACGCCAUCCUUGCCCUCGCCCUCGUCUUCCUCAUCCCCAUUGUUGUAUGUGGCGCCCGUGGCUUGCAGUUGGCGGGUGCCCGCUUUCUUUUUUUGCGACGAGCCUUGGAUCUGGGAACAAAGUAACUUGGCUGUAGGGUACCUGCCUGACGCCCAACACUUGCCGGCUUUCCAGGGCUGUGACUCCUGACGUCUCACUUCGCAACGAAGGCCAGGUCCCCUAAACAUGGGAUCAUGGCCACCAUGUCUCCUCAGAAGAGAUGUCAUGAUGACAGGACUCCUGAAGUGACAGGUCAGCCCUUAAGGAAAAGUCCUCGUCUGUGUCCCAGUUCAGAAUUGGAGACUGGUGCUGAGCUUUCAAAGGAGAAGCAGCGGAACCUGAGGAGACGAGCCAGGGUUCACUUUGUGCCUCCUCUGCAGUUUUGCUGUAAUCAACAGGGUGGCUUGCUGGAGCGCAGUCCCCGGUCAUCAGCCAGGCUUCCCUCUAAACUGCAGCAUGGGAGGUCUCCAACACUGUUGACAUCCAAGGAGCAGGCAAGACAUAGGAGGACAAAGAUAGCGGGCACAAGGAAAAAUGAGGAUGUAAGGCACAAAGCCAGCAAGACCGUAUCUCAUAAAAUGCCAGUAGCAAAAUGCAGAUCAGGUGAAAAAUCAAGACAGGAGAAUGGACCGGAUAGCUCUAGCUGUCUUGGGGAUCACCCAGAAAACUGCCAGCAGGGCAUUGACGUGGAAGCCGAGCUACAAACAAAUCCAGGAGUGCUUGGCGAUUGUGACUCGCAGGUCCACCCCGUUCCAGCUCUGAAACGAUGGGUCAUGGGUCCCCUGUUCCAGUCUCUGAAGUCCAAAGUUGCUAGCUUUACUGAGAUUGUUAUGUCACCUGUUCGACUAUUUAAACCCAGUGACGUGCUGGCAGAAGAUACCUCAAGGAGCCCACGUGCGACGGAAGAAUUGUUGGGUGGUCUUGCAGCAGACUUUCGGAUACCGGAGAGGCCUUUAAGCCAGGAGUCCAUUGCCUCAAAAUCACCUGUGUGGCUUGAGGAGACAUGUGAAUUAGACACAGGGCUGCUUCUGGAUAGUCCAGAUCUGUCAGGUUUAUCUGAAUCAUGUGAUGAGUGUCAUGAGUUCCUCUCUCGAUCUUCAGACAAUGGAGAAGACUUGAAAUUGAGUUCAAGGCCUUCCAGAAAACUGAGGGAAACCAAUGCACUAUUGUCAAAGAUCUCUGUUUUUGAGGAGGGCUUUGAGCUACAGUCAACAGCCAUGGCCUCUUUAAAAUCUCAAGAAGAGGAGGGGAGGUUCUGUACCUCCGACUGCUCAGAAGCCUUUAUUGAGGCAAUUUCUCAAUCUCCAACAUCCCACGGCAAAAGUAGUAUAUGUCAGACGCCACCUUUGACUCCGAGAAAGAACAGAACCAGUAAUUUGCCUUCUACAACCCCUAGGAAAAGAAGUAGCUCUCCAUCACCUUCAGAAACUCCUGGAAAAUGGAGGAACUCCCAGUCAUCUCCUGAGACCCCUAGCAAAAGGAGAAGCUUCGAGCCUUCUGAGACACUUGGCAAAACAGGCGGGUCCCAGUCACUUGAUAAUUUGGUUUCAGCCAUAGGGUCUGAACUGCCAACAAAACAAUGCCAUGACGAGAAGAAGAGUAGGAUGCAAGCAGAACUGUCAGUAUCUAGAAGAAGCUUUCAGUUAGUAACGGACAUCGAAGGGUCAGAAACCCCAAAAACCCGAGGGAGAGAGAACUGCAGCAACUUGCAAGAUAAAGAGUCAGACUUACCAGUCACAAUGAAGUCUGACUAUAUUAAAAUGGUGUGUAGGACCCCACUGCGUAGUACCAUGGAUCAUCAGGAACCUAGAUCUUGUGAGGACUUCUCAGACAUGCCGGUGGUACAUGGGACCCACAAGGAGUCUCCAAUCAUCACUCGUAGUAGCACCAUCUCGAAGGAGACAAGGAGACCUCAUUCUUCUGGGAGGAAAAAUGCACUUUCCCCAGCCAAGCUGCACUCUGAGGAUGGUUCCCCAAGACAGAAGACACUUCUUGAUUCAAAGCAAAGACUAUCGGGCAGAUAUGGGAAACUGUGUAAGAGAAACCAAUCAUGCACUUUGAGCGGCGUGUCCUUGGGUAGUGUGAAAGCUUCCAGAUCCUCUUUAAGAAGAUUGAAAACUCGUAAAAUUGUCUGCAGGUGUUGUGAGAGCCCGAGGAACAAGACACCAGGGUCCUUACUGGCAUUGAAGUAUCACAGAUCAGUUCAGAAUUCGCAAAAACUGGGACAGCUACAUACAAGUGUAAGACGAAGCCCCAGAAAGGUGGAUAUUUUGUCUGAUUUUAAGUCCCUUAGAUCUGGAACACUUAUCAGAGUAUCUCCUGAACAAAAGAUGUUGAAACCACCAGUGGUAAGAAAUCUGUCCUCCACUGCAUUUAGCACACAAACUGAUGCAGAAGGAGAAAGUUCACAUCAUGUAGAAGUCACCAUCCACAUUGCAGAAGAAGAAGGUGUUCAGAAGCCUGCACAGAUUGACCCAUCUUCCAGAGAAGCUUGCGAGGAAAAGAUUUUGGGAACACCUAAAACUUCUAGGAGUUGUACAGAUCUCUCUCCUCCUGUUAGAUCCACCAGAAGAACUUCUCUGCGCUUAAGAUCACUCCACAAUGUGACAAACUGGAGGGUCUCUUCUGUUACUUUCCCUGGAAGCCCAAAGCGUGUAGUGGGAGCUGCAUACCUUCAUGGGGUCAGUCAAUUGCACAACAGAGCUAGAGCAUCUUAUGAGUUUUGCAGAAGCCCCCAGAAGAUGGAACAUUUCCUGGACUUUAAGUCCCUGAGAUCUGGAGCACUUAUCAAAACCUCUUCUGAAAAGAAGAGGUUAAAACCGUCUGCAGCAUUACAUUUGUCUCCUGUAGCCUUUUCAAUUGAGCCCACUAAAGCAGGGGAUAGUCCUUCUAAAGUGGAACAUGUGUUCCACCAUUUGGACACGACCACCACCCCCCAGAUUAUUGGUGAACAAAGUAUUCAGAGAUUGCCCGAGACUGAUCUGGCCUCUGCACAAAGUGGUGAGCAGAAAAAUUUGGGGGACUUGGGAUUGCCUGGAAGAUUGGCAGCUCAGUCUCCCUCUGCUAUAUCCGCACAAAGUUUUAUCCCUCCAGGUAGAGAGGAUAAAAUGGAAAUGAGGAAAAGCUCUUCUGGACAUUGCAGCUCACCACAGGAUUUCCCUGAACGGAGCGUCUCUCCUGAACAGCCUUCUGUAAGUUCUCCUGGGAAUUUGCAGUCUGUAAUGGGAUCUGUAUGCCCUCAAAGGAAGGCCAAAUUGCACGGUGCUGACGGACACUCUUCUGAACUUCGUAGAAGCCCCAGAAAGGCUGUCAGCUUGGACUUUAAGUUGUUGAGGUCUGGAGCACUUAUUAAAGUAACUUCUGAAGGGAAGGCUUUGAAGCCUCAAGUGGUAAGACUCCUUUCUCCUACGGCCUGUUCCACGCAGUCUGAUAGAUCGGGAGUUAGCUCUCCUUUGAAGGAAGACAGUCUUGACCAGAUUGUGAAAGGGAAGCAUAUUCUGGAGCCAGCAGAGAUUGAUUCAUCCUCUAGAGAAACUGGUGAAGAAGGAAGUUCAGGAACAUCUGCACCUUCAGUAAGCCCUCCUAGAGUUACUCGAAGAUCCCUCACGCUGUUGAGACAAAACAACGUGGAUCCAGAAAAUAGGACGUCUUUAUGCUUUAGGUCACCAAAUGUAAGAAGUUCCUUAACUUCACCCAGUGGUACACAGUGUGCAUCAGAGACCUUGUGCCAUCAUAGAGACAUUGAUUUGCACAGUGAAGCUAGACUUUCUUCUGAGCUCCCAGGAAGCCCCAGAAAGGAGGGUAGCUUGCUUGACUUUAAAUUGUUAAGAUCUGGUGCGCUUGUUAAUGCAUUUUCAGAGCACAAAACGGUGUCAAAACCACCUGUAAUAAAACAUUUGUCGUCUUUAAAUACCUUUGACCUGUCAGGUAAAGCAGAGUCUAGUUCUCCUCGUGUGGAAGUUAUGUUACACCGUUUAAAAGUAACCACCUCGACUGUGGAUGUUGAAAGCUUUCAGAAGUCGGCAAAGGUUGAUGUCUGCCUAAAGGCAGCUAGUGUGGGAACAUCAGGAUCGCCUCCUGCAAGAUUCACCAGAAGAUCUCUAACUCUAGGAGAACAGUGUGGCAAGGAACUGGAGAAAAGCCCUCCUUUGCACUUUAGAUCACAGUGUGAUGAGACGAAGUGGAGGCCCUCCUGUCAUUCUGGAACUACACUCAGCAGCCUACAUGUGUACUGUCCCAAGGAGGAUGAAUCACAAAGUGGAGCUGGACUGUUUUCUGAGCUUCUCAGAAGCCCAAUUCGGCUUGCGCGUUCAAGAGAAGCCCUCGGUCCACAAGGAGAGCUUACUUCUCUGGCUGUUACUGCUCUGUCUGAAGCAGAGAAGCCUGGCCUACAGCACAGGCUCCGCAGAGCCACGCCAUCUCCAAAGCAAGAGUGGGGUAAAGGGAGUGGUUUUAAGCUGAGGUCUGGAAUCAGCGAAUCAGCUCAGAGAGUCCAGAAUACCCCUGAUGAUGAGGAUGUGGAGGGUACUGUUUUCCAUUCAGUGCCAUCUCCCAGAAUGCAACUGAGGUCACGGGUCAGCCCUGGAGGGGAGGAGAGACAUUUAUUCCUUCAACAGGCAGGCAUGUCAAGCUCUAGUAAAGUGGAGACCGCUAUUACCAGUUCUAGAAAAGCCCCAACCCUUAUCCGCAGCUACUCCUGUCCUGAUUUUCCUUCCUGCUCUCCCGAGUCUCUGUUGGCUGUGCUUGCUGGCCCUCCUCUUGUCAAGGUUGUCCCCCAGUUGCUCCAAGAUGCUUCCAAGUGCCCUCGACUGCGGAGGCACACUGUCUGUAGUUUGGAGGUGGAAAGAGAGGUUGCCCCCUUGUGUCUGCGGAAAGAAGUUUUCCCGGGAUGUAACCAGGGACCUGCAACCCGCCAUUCCACCUCACCGCUCUCUACACUGGCCUCUUGUUUCCUCUCCAGUCCCCUGGCAUUUUUGUCCCGUCGCCAUAGCCCUGAUGGCGAGGAAGAUGACAUUUCCCUGCCCCCUUGUCUACCACCUACUUCUUCCACCUCCCCCAACUUCCUCUGUUCCAGUUCUUCUCCGUGUGUCCCAGGAGGUCACCAGUCACCUGUUACCCACUGCAGUCCACAAACACAGCUUGCAGAGUUGUCAAGCUCAAGGGAAAAUGUGGGAUUUUGCCAAAGCAGGAAAGAAAUCACAACCACCCCAGUAGAGGAGGAAGACGAGGGGGAAAAGGGGGAAUUUCCAUUGUUGGACUCGGACAUCAAGGUGGACUGUACAAGCGAAGGUACGAGAGGCAGAGUUUCCCGAAUUCGAAUUAGGAAGACACCCCCGAAGACACCAACCAAUCUGACACCUAUGGGCCUCCCCAAAACAGUCAGGUUAAACAAGAAAAAAUUCAGCCUGGAAGAAAUUUACACAAACAAGAAUUUUCGAAUGCCUCCAGAAGGCCGCCUGGAGACGAUAUUUGAAGAACCGGUCAACAGCCGGAACGGUUCAGUUUGUCUGGUUGGCCAGCGGCGGAUGAAGCGAAUCCUAGAGUUCCCAGACCUGGGUGCACCUAGGAAGCAGAAGCGGACUCUAAAUGUAACCACAAAUUCCAAGAAAGGAGGUGGUGCCAGAACACGGCGGAGUAAUGCCGUCCAGCAGACCACCCGGUCCCUGACCUCAGAAGAACUGGACACCCUCCUCUGCUCCAAGCUUAGUGAACUGGAGAGCUGGCUGGAAAGAGAUGGCGUGUGACUUAAGGCGCUAGAAGUAGGGCAUCAUGUGGAGUUGGGGAUGGCAGUGGAAUGGAGUGAGGUGGGCUGGGGUGGGUUGUAACUAUAAAAAGUAAAUAAAAUUAAAUGAACCCCCCCCCCAGUGUAGUUCUUACAAAAGGCUUGACUUUUGGUAACCUUUCCUGCCUGGGAUCAGAGGCCCCAACAAGGAAGACAGCAGGUACAGCCUGGAGGAGGGAUGAUAUUAUUGGUGGGGUUACGAUAACGAUGGGGGCUGGAUUUAAGCGGACGGCUACUCCUUUACUUCUCUAUCCUUGUUCAUAGGGUCCACCAGUGUCUCUUAUUUUGCUCUUUCCAUAAGUGCUGUAUGUUUUUCCAUUACUCUUGCUGUCGCACUUUUUGCUAAAGGGAGUCCAGCUGGGGCCGAGGACUGUGCUGUCCAGUGUGCGUGAUUGCGUGUGUGUGAUUUUUUUAAAUUGUUUAAAACAAAGUAGGAAAGGAUAUUGAGUUUGGGAGUCAUUGGGGCACCUGCAGUUUGGAGGAGGCACGGUUUGUUUAGCAGCCAGCAUGUCGGUACAUUUUUUUUUUUUUUUUUGAUGAUUUCGGAGUAGGAUGGGUCAGCUGGCACAACUGGCCAAGUUAGCAUACCAGUCUUAGGGGGCGGGGCUUAAGGGAGGCUACUGGACAAUUUUAGAAAAACAAGCAUACUGGGCGACAUUGAUUUAUUUAAAAAAAAAAAAAAAAAAGUUAAUAAUACAAACUUGAGGAUGUUAUUUAAGGUGUUGAAUGUUUCCUUUUAUUGUAUAUAUAACUAUUUUUAUAAGCAUCCAAAAAUAAUAUUUUUUGACUAAACUAACAAUUUUGUUCUUAGCCAAACAAUUAAGAGUUCUUUCUGUUUCAGUGUGGCUCUAUCAUUGAGAGAUGGAAAGGUCUGUUGUAGUUUUUAUGUGUUUGUGGGAUUUUGGGGUGGGGGGGGGGGGUGGCAUCAGUUUUUAAAUAAUUGUCAUAUAUUGUUCAGUCUGUCAAAUCUUUAUUAAAUAAGGAAAGUUUCAAACCCCA